ACGCGCCCGCGAAGGGCACAAGAUCCGAAGCCCGGGAGGCGCGCGGAGGAGGCGGAGGGCGGUGCUGCAGCGGCCGGAGCCCGGGAGCGGCCGGCAGGAGGCGGCGGAGAGAACUUGAACUUGGCGUCGGGAGCGGGCGCCCCGGACGCCCCUCGCCGGGGCCGGGGCGCCGAGGGACCUGGGCGGCAGCACUGCCCCCCGAAUGGCCGCGGCGGCGGACCCGGCUCCCGCGCCGCGGCCCUAGGCGGCCUCUCGCCAUGGCCAAGUGGCUGAACAAGUACUUCAGCUUGGGCAACAGCAAGACCAAGAGCCCCCCGCAGCCGCCGCGGCCCGACUACCGCGAGCAGCGGCGCCGGGGCGAGCGGCCCUCGCAGCACCCCCAGGCCGUGCCGCAGGCCCCCUCGGCCACCUCGGCGUCCUGCGGUACGGCCGCCGCCUCCUGCUUCUCGGCCUCGUCGGGAUCGCUGCCCGACGACAGCGGCAGCACUAGCGACCUCAUCCGCGCCUACCGCGCACAGAAGGAGCGCGACUUUGAGGACCCUUACAACGGGCCCGGCUCGUCUCUGCGCAAACUGCGCGCCAUGUGCCGCCUGGACUACUGCGGCGGCGGGGAGCCAGGCGGGGGCCAGCGUGCCUUCUCGGCCUCGUCCGCGUCGGGCGCCGCGGGCUGCUGCUGUGCCUCCUCCGGCGUGGGCGCUGCCGCGUCUUCGUCCUCGUCCUCGGGCUCUCCGCACCUCUACCGCAGCAGCAGCGAGCGGCGGCCCGCCACGCCAGCCGAGGUGCGCUACAUCUCCCCCAAGCACCGCCUCAUUAAGGUGGAGAGUGCCGCGGGCGGUGCCGCAGAACACCCGGGGGGCUCCUGCUCAGGCGGCCGCACCUGGAGCCCGACGGCCUGCGGAAGCAAGAAACUGCUCAACAAGUGUGGCGCCUCGGCCGCGGAAGAGAGCGGUGCCGGCAAAAAGGACAAGGUGACCAUCGCUGAUGACUACUCGGAUCCCUUUGAUGCCCAGAAUGAUCUCAAAAGCAAAGCGGGAAAGGGGGAGAGUGCUGGCUACAUGGAGCCCUACGAGGCGCAGAGGAUCAUGACAGAAUUUCAGAGACAGGAAAGCGUCCGGUCCCAGCACAAAAGCAUCCAAUUAUACGAUACCCCUUACGAACCCGAGGGCCCAAGCAUGGACUUGGACUCAGAGAGCACAGUCAGCCCCCGACUGCGGGAGAGCAAGCUGCCCCAGGAUGACGACAGGCCCGCCGAUGAGUACGACCAGCCGUGGGAGUGGAACCGGGUCACCAUCCCAGCUCUGGCAGCCCAGUUUAACGGCAGUGAGAAACGGCAGUCAUCCCCCUCGCCUUCCCGGGACCGGCGGCGCCAGCUUCGAGCUCCCGGAGGGGGCUUCAAGCCCAUCAAACAUGGGAGCCCUGAGUUCUGUGGGAUUCUGGGAGAGAGAGUGGAUCCUGCUGUCCCACUGGAGAAGCAAAUAUGGUAUCAUGGAGCCAUCAGCAGAGGAGAUGCGGAGAACCUGCUGCGACUCUGCAAGGAGUGUAGCUACCUUGUCCGGAACAGCCAGACCAGCAGGCACGACUACUCCCUCUCCCUGAAGUCUGCACAGAGGCCGUUGGGGGCCGGAGCUGGUGCUGGAGUGAGAGGGUCUGGAGAAGCUGCUGCGCAGAGGGUAGAGGAAGCUGACCGACCAGCCGAGACUGGAGUGGAGGCAGAGGACUCCCACCCAGCCCAGUGUCUCCCCACCCCCUCCCAAGCACUCCUUUCACCAGCCAGAAGGUCAUCGGUGUCGAACCUGAAGCGACCGUAAAGGCCUGCCUGGUCCAGUCCCUUUGCUUCAUGGCUGGGGAGACUGAGACCCAGAGGGGAUUUGUGACUGACCAGCUCCCCAGCUGGCAGUUGACCACACUGACAAGAGAGAUGGCGACUGCUUCCCACUGUGGGGACCAGACAGAUCCCUGGACCAGCCUAAGCUGCCACCCACCUGCCCCUUCACCAAAAAACCCCUGCACCCGUGGCAAUCCAAGACGGCGCCUGCCUUCCUCACCUCCUCGCAUCCAAGUCCCCUCCAUGGCAGACGCCCCCACCCGUGAAGCAGUCUUGCAGAGGUCCUGCCUCAUGGCUUUUGAACACUGCCCUCAUCCCCUCCUUCUGCAGAACUCUCCCUCUUCCCCUCUCCAGCCUGACCUGACAGGGCAUCAGACCCUUGGCGCCCUCUCAGCCAUCAGCACACACGUUGGCCCCAGCACCAACCAUUGACCCCUGCUACACUCACUCUAGCCUCGGGGAAGCGAAAGGUUGAGCUUUUAGAAGUUGGGAAGAAAACAUCACCCUCUAACACAGUUUACUGUUUGGAAAGGCAAACAGUGGGGGAAAGGGAUGAAAAAUCUCAUUAAAAGUGUUCUUUAGGCACUUUGGACUAUGAAUGACUCUUUGCAAGUUCUAGUUUCAUGAGUUUUUGCAAAGGAAUCUGGACAAGAUGCGGGAAACAGGACUCCAAAGACCAGAGGGUUUGCCGCUGAGGGCCGGGGAGGCAGGGAGAACGCCAGGGCCUCCUCGUACACCGGGCAGGCUCUGCCUGCUCUGGGUGCCCCCCCGGGAUGGAGGCAGACAGAGUGGCCCUCCUGAGGCCUCAGCAGGGAUGCCCCUGCUCCUUUGAGAAGGGCCCAGCCCUGUUCUCUUUAAGCACUGAGAGCCCCAACUCCAGUGGGGGACAUGGCCCCAGGGAGCCCUCACGAAGGGGCCUUCAGCUUUCAAAUCCCCAAAGGCAAACUGCACAGCAUCCUUGCAAAUGCGUAGCCCAGAUUCUGACCUCAGGAGACAUUUCUGGGGUCUGACCUUUUUCCAUCAGGGUACCACUCAGCCCUGAUCACUCAGGAGCCUUCCUCAGCCCAUAAACUCUGCCCCUUCAGUGUCUUGUUAUUUAGUGGGCUCCAGUCUCCAGGAAUUCAUAGCCCAAGCGGGGAAGAAGUGGUAUUUACACGGGUAACUCAGAUACUCCUAGAACGUGUUUAAGGCUCCCCAAGGCAGAAAGUGCUCAGGGCUGUGAAAGAGGGAAGGAACCAGAAGAGGGGGUAUUUGAAGGCUGGGCAGAUCUUAGACCUGUGGACAGGGUAGAGAGGGCAGCCAGGCAGAGGGAAUGGCACAGAGGCAGGAAGUGCAGAGCUUGUGUAAGAACAACAGAUAACAUUGAUGGGAGCCAAGGAGAGGGGUGGCCCUAGUCAUCAGGCUGAGGAACUGGGGACUCUAACCUGUAGGGCAGGGAGCGUUCCUGAAGGUUUUGAGCAGCGUCGCAGUCAUGUCCCCAGAGCUGUAUUCUAGAACCAUUCAUGAACCAGGGUGUCAAAUGGAACACUACUCUGCCUCCGUCUCCCCGACGUGUCCACAGACAUGCCACUCGAGCUAGAACAGUCCAAGAGGUGGGCAGCACGUGGGUACGCGUCCCAAGGGGAGAUCCAGGGCGGCCCUUUUAAAGAUGUAGAGGGAAAAGCAUGGGCUCUGCAGCCAGAGAUACCUGGGUUCGAAUCCUAGCUCCAUCUCUUACCUGCUGUGUGGUUCUCGGCCAAUGACUUUACCUCCCUGAUCAUCACCUAGAAAGCCAUGUAGGCCACUCUCGUGAAGUUGUUGUAAUAAUUAACGCAGCUCAGCAGGUACAUGCCAGUCUCCGCUCCUCCUAGCUUUCCCGGAGCCUUUAGAAAUUGCCGUGGAGGCAGCAAGGUGGACAGGACUGCACCAGGUCAAGCGCCCUCGGGGUGCGUCUGGGCUAUAUCUGCUUCUGGAUGACACGGGCGAGUGUCUUCCCCCAUUCCAUAGAAAGAGGGUCUGGCAUUUGAUUCGUAAAUUUGCUUCCAGGUCCAAGACUCUACGGUCAGGACAAGGUGUCUUUCUGCUCAGUCCUAAGGAUGGUGGGAAGGCCCCACCUCCUUCUCCAGGUGGGAAGGAGGGGGCGGGACAAGAAAAUGCCUCCUGCUCUGAUUGCUAAACGAGGCCCAUCAGGUUCCUGCUUGGAGCUGGGGGUUUGUGCUGACCGCUGGGCAACCAGUCUUCACCCAACAGAUGCUUCCUGGGAGGGUGGUGAGUGUAGCAGGGCCAGAGGAGCUGAUGGGCUGCGUUCCAGGGGCGCUGGGGGCACAUUUCUGUUAGAGUUGUUUUUCUUUCUUCUCUCCCCUCGUUGAUUUAUAUAGUAGAGGAGAGAGUUUUCAAACAGUAGGCAUGUCUGGGUCUAGGCAGGCGGGCCAGUGAUUA